AUGGACUAAUAAGAUCUUUUAAAAGCUAGCUAAUUCCAAGAGUAGAUUUACUCUUUGGUAGAGUACUUAGAUUACAUUCCUUAUUAAAAAAUUUAGAUUUAGCACUUACUUAUUACUGUAGUGGUUAUCUCUAUUUCUAUUAUUUCUUUUCGCUUGGGCAAAAAGAAGGAAAGCAAUAAUUUUUUAAGCGAUAGAUUUAGGAGAAAGCUUGAGGAAUUCGAAUAAGAUGCAUAAAUUGUUAAUAAGCGUAUAGAAAAAAAUGAGGAUUUUAUUAAGAAAAUUUAUAACUUAUAAAUUUUAUGCUUUGUUGUAACAACCUGCUAUCUUAUUUACAUAGGAUUUAUUGAAUAUCAAGAAGAUAAUAAUAAUAAGUUAAUCAUAACCUCAAUAGCAAUAAUUGUCAUUGAAGCAUGCUUUUAAAUGUAUAAAAAUCACCUGAACACACAAAUCAAGCAAUUGAACUUUAAAAUUUAAGAAGAUAAAAACUAACAAAAUGUAAUAAUGAUGUAGCUUAUCUCGGAAAUGUCUGAAAAAAUGAAAAACAUUCUCAGUGACAUUUUAGCAAAGAAAAUUGUAAAUUAAUGUGAAUCUGAAAAAGAAGGAAUUAAGAAAUUGUAUGAUUAAAAAAUAAAGACCCUCCAAGCUGAAAGCGAAUCUGAGAGAGAUUCCUUAAAAAAGAAAUAUGAAACAAGAAUUAGUGGGUUAACUUAGUAAUAAUCAAGUGAUAGAAUCUUAUGUAAAUCAAAUAUUUGCAAAAAAAAGAGAAAAUUACUUAAAGAAAAACUUAAAAGAAGUGAUUGGUUUAUUAGAAAUUUAUCAGAGUUUGCAUGGUGUUCAAUAUGUGCUUCUAAUAUGUACGAAGAUCCUACUUAAUCAUUCAUAGAGAAUAAUAUUUCUGACUAAUCAAUAAAUUUGGAAGACUCAAUUAUGCUAAACAACACUCUCACUGAAGAUCAAUCUAAUGACGAUGAUGGCAAAUAAGGUGUUUUCAAUAAGUUAAACGGAAGUAAAGGAGAAGUUAUCAAAAAAGAAUGUGAAAAUAAUUGUUUAAGCAAGUAUUUCUUUUUGUGCAAGAAAAUAGGAGAGAAAUAUAACAACUGGACUGAUAUAAUAGACAAGUUUGAGUCUAAAUAUAAAGCAGAAAAGCUCAAAUUAAAAUAGCUUAAUGCAGCAUAAUGA